GGGAAAAUGUACGACGAUCAGUUACGCGUGCUUGCAUGACCGAUACUCGAGGAUGGACCCUACGCUGUCGACGGCUAUGACAUCGCAUGCAACUCCCAUCGCGCAGCACGACUCAGACGCGAACCACUAGCAGCCACCCGAAGCUGUAGAGCUCAGAAUUAGACGACAACGCCACCAUGAGGACUCUACAGAUUUUCACUGCCCUAACCUUAGGCGCGGCACUCGUGCCCGCGCAGUCGCAGUCGCAGCCAUCGCCGGCGCCCGAGUUCGUGCCGACGAUCCUCGGAGUACGGGGCGCGAACUCGGCGGGGUGCUUCGCGGCGACGAGCGUGGGGCUCACGCUGGCGGCGGAGAGCCUACGAGUGAACUUAACCGACAUGCGCGCAAGCGUCGCGCCGGCUGACCCGUUCGACAGCUCCGCCGCUAUCUGCAUCGUGACGCUGGAGCUGGGUGCUUUUCCCGCCGGCUGGCACUUCGCCCUCCGCGACGUCACCUAUACCGGCCACGCAACGCUCGCCGGCGGCGCCCGCCUGCAGAGCUUCGCCGUCCAGGCUUACUUUCAGUGGGAGCACCUCAAGAUCGGCCCCCAGAUCGACUUGCCCGUUGUCAAAAAUGUGUCGGGCUCGUAUCUAAUGAACGUACCUGACAAGGCGGUCGACUUUGGGGGCGGGGCCGAUUACGACGCAGACUUCUCGGUGCGCAUCGAGAACGGGGACCCGGCGUGGUCGCCGUGCUUCACGGGCUGGGAGUACUCCUACGACGACAAGAUGCAGCUGCAGUUCCAGUUCCAGUCCUACCUAACGAAGGAGGGCAGCUCGCAGACCGGGAGCGCCGUACUCGGGCGCACCGACGGCUCCGGGCCGGCCCUGACGGCCACCUUCGGUCUUGUGUGGGAGCGCUGCGACUCGACCCAGCGAAACGCCUGGGGUCAGUUCCGCAUGGGCGACUACGAGAUCUGCCAGCGCGGAAUCGGCCACGACAACGUCGCGGGCAGGCCGACUAUCCAAUGGUGAGGGAGCAACAAGGGGAUAUUCCAUCCCUCGGAGAAGGCAGCGUUGAAACCAGGCAGGCAGUACGAGAAUCUACUCAAUAGAUAGAAAUGGGGCAUCAGUUUGUUUCAGGGACGUGGUUUAGAUCUCCUUAAGAUCAACCUUGAAUUGAAAUAUCA